GCCGUUUUUGUGGCUGUGGAGGCAUUAAAAGUCGGGUGGAUGAGCUGAGAUGGAAUAUUAUUAAAGGAGGAGGCACGCAAGCAGCAGAAGAAGAAGGAGCAACGUGAUGGAACCUCAACAGAUCAGAGAAGGAUACUUGGUGAAAAAGCGUACGGUGUUGAGCUACUGGACAGCCGUGUGGGCGGUGCUGUCUGAAGAUGGCCUGGAAUUCUACAAGAAGAAAACAGAUGAGUCUCCCAAAGGAAUGAUCCCUCUGAAUGGGGCCACGCUUGUCAGUCCUUGCCAGGAUUGCGGUAAUCGAGUGCUGGUGUUCAAGAUCACCACGCAGAAGAAGCAGGAUCACUUCUUCCAAGCCUCGCACGUGGAGGAGAGAGAACUGUGGGUGAAGGACAUCAAGAGGGCCAUCACAUGUCUGCAGGGGGGGAAGAAGUUUGCUAGGAAGUCCACAAGACGCUCCAUUCGCCUGCCGGACACGGUCAACCUGAAUCAGCUGUACACGCUGCUGAGAGACCAGCAUGAAGGCAUCAAGGAGUUGAAACUGGAGCGAGAAAAACGAAUCUUCAACCACUGCUUCACUGGCUCCACGGUGAUCGAGUGGCUCACUUCCAAGGAGCAGGCCAGGAACAGGCCUGAGGCGCUCAUGUUGGCCACGGGUCUCCUGAACGAGGGUUUCCUGCAGCCUGCCGGUGAUAUCUCCAAAGGCGGGGCAGAAAGCAGAGAGAAGUCGGUCUUCCUGGACAAGACUGAUGCUUUUUACUACUUUGCAGACAGCGGCUUCUACUGCGAAGGCUACUCCAGUGACGAGGACACGCUCGUCAAGGAGGAAUUCAGGGGAAACAUCGUCAAACAAGGCUGCCUGCUCAAACAGGGCCACAGGAGGAAAAACUGGAAAGUCCGCAAGUUCAUUCUGAGGAACGACCCUGCUUACAUGCAUUAUUAUGAUCCCACCAAGGGUGAUGACCCCCUGGGGUCCAUCUAUCUGCGGGGUUCCGUGGUCACAGCUGUGGACUUUGUGCCUGAUGCCAAAAAAUACGACAUCGAAGGCAACCUCUUUGAGAUCAUCACCUCAGAUGAGACACACUACUACCUCCAAGCGGCCACCGGCGAGGAGAGGAAGGAGUGGAUCGAAGCGGUGCAGGCGGUGUCUAAAAGUGGGAAGUGAAUUGAUCCAGGAAAUAAUAACAAGUAUAACAAUAAGAUGCUCUAUGUAACUUAUUACAUAACAAUUAAAGCUUCAUGAUCGCC